AUGGAAGUACUUAACACUAAUUUUGAGGAUUUUAUUAAAAAUUAAGUUUUUGAAUGCCAAAUCCAUAAACAAAGAUGUAACAUUUUGUAUUUAGAAGUAGAUAACUAAGCCAGCCCUUUUAAAUGCUCAAAAUGCUCAACUAAAUUUUUCUUAGAUCCUACAAAAUACUUGUCUCUUUAAGACAUUUUUGAAUGUAACAAUGAAACAAUUUUAGAUAAUUGGCCUCUUUUUGGAUAAAAAAAUUAUAUUUUUACAAAAGCUUAUGAAAUUGAAAAAAUAAACUUUGAAGAAACAUUUACUUUCUUUAAAGGUUUUAAAUCUUCUAUUAUAGAAAAGCUGGAAAAAAUAGAAGAUAAGCUCAAAAGCCAGUAUUAAAUUAUUGAAAAUAACAAAAAACUGCUUAAAGAUUACUAUAACACUGUAAGCCUUAAGAAAAACAUAUAAAAUGCUCUUUAUUAAAUGCAUUAAAACCCAGAAUAAUCCAAAAAGUAAAUAAAAUAGUAUAUUUAAGAAGUUUAAGGAAAAAGAUAAACUAUUGAAAGUGAAAUAAAUUAUAUCUAUAAAACCUUAUCUUUCUAUUAAGAUUAUCUAUCAACUUAUAGUUUGAAACAGUUUACAUCAUCAAUAGAUAGUACUUUAGAUUCUAUGGAGAAAGUAGUAAAUUAUGAGAUAUUUGAUGUCUUAGAGUCUUAAGAAAACAAUAUUGUUGUAUCAAAACAAUAAAAAGAAAAUUUUAAUAAUCAAGUAUAUUAUUGUAGUUAAGAUUAAUCUUAUGCUCUUAUAUAAGCUUUAAAAGUUUGA